GACUUGUCCGUCACGUGCGGCUGCCCGGCCACCCCGCCUCACAGCGCGCCUGGCGGGGCCGGGGAGGGGGCGGGGCCCGGGCGCUGCUGCGCCUGCGUUGUGGGCGUUCUCGGGGAGCAGCUGCCGCCGCCGCCGCCGCCGCCUCCGCCGCUACCGCCGCUACCGCCGCGUUUGGGUGUAGAAUUUGGAAUUCCUGAGCCUCGUUAACAAUGAAGCAGAGUUCGAACGUGCCGGCUUUCCUCAGCAAGCUGUGGACGCUUGUAGAGGAAACUCACACCAACGAGUUUAUCACCUGGAGUCAGAAUGGCCAGAGUUUUCUGGUUUUGGAUGAACAAAGAUUUGCAAAAGAAAUUCUUCCCAAAUACUUCAAGCACAAUAACAUGGCAAGCUUUGUGAGGCAACUGAAUAUGUAUGGUUUUCGUAAAGUAGUACAUAUUGAUUCUGGAAUUGUGAAGCAGGAACGAGAUGGUCCUGUUGAAUUUCAACAUCCUUACUUCAAACAAGGCCAGGAUGACUUACUGGAGAACAUUAAAAGGAAGGUUUCAUCUUCAAAACCAGAAGAAAAUAAAAUUCGUCAGGAAGAUUUAACAAAAAUUAUAAGUAGUGCUCAAAAGGUUCAAAUAAAGCAAGAAACAAUUGAGUCCAGGCUUUCUGAAUUAAAAAGUGAGAAUGAGUCCCUUUGGAAGGAGGUGUCUGAAUUACGAGCAAAACAUGCACAACAGCAACAAGUUAUUCGAAAGAUUGUCCAGUUUAUUGUUACAUUGGUUCAGAAUAACCAACUUGUGAGUUUAAAACGUAAAAGGCCUCUACUUCUGAACACUAAUGGGGCCCAAAAGAAGAAUUUGUUUCAGCACAUAGUAAAAGAACCAGCUGAUAAUCACCAUCAUAAAGUUCCACACAGUAGGACUGAAGGUUUAAAGUCAAGGGAGCGGAUUUCAGAUGAUAUCAUUAUUUAUGACGUUACUGAUGAUAAUGCAGAUGAAGAAAAUAUCCCAGUUAUUCCAGAAACUAAUGAGGAUGUUAUAUCUGAUCCCUCCAACUGUAGCCAGUACCCUGAUAUUGUCAUUGUUGAAGAUGACAAUGAAGAUGAAUAUGCACCUGUCAUCCAAAGUGGAGAUCAGAGUGAACCGGCUGGAGACUCCCUGAGUUCAGGCAGUGAUGGCUCCAGCCCCCUCAUGUCUAGUGCUGUCCAGCUCAACGGCCCAUCUAGCCUGACCACAGAAGACCCCGUGACCAUGAUGGAUUCCAUUCUAAAUGAUAACAUCAAUCUCCUAGGAAAGGUUGAACUGUUGGAUUAUCUUGACAGUAUUGAUUGCAGUUUAGAGGACUUCCAAGCCAUGCUGUCAGGAAGACAGUUUAGCAUAGACCCAGAUCUCCUGGUUGAUUCUGAGAAUAAAGGAUUAGAAACCAAGAACAAUGUAGUUCAGCCAGUUUCAGAAGAGGGAAGAAAACUUAAACCCAAAACAGAUAAGCAGCUUAUCCAGUACACUGCUUUUCCACUUCUUGCAUUCCUCGAUGGGAACCCUGCUUCUUCUGUUGAACAGGGGAGUACCGCAUCGUCAGAAGUUAUGUCCUCUGUAGAUAAACCCAUAGAAGUUGAUGAGCUUCUGGACAGCAGCUUGGACCCAGAACCAACCCAAAGUAAGCUUGUUCGCCUGGAGCCACUGACUGAAGCUGAAGCUAGUGAAGCCACACUGUUUUAUUUAUGUGAACUUGCUCCUGCACCUCUGGAUAGUGACAUGCCACUUUUAGAUAGCUAAAUCCCCAAGAAGUGGACUCUGCGUGUAUAUAUUCAUCAAAAUGAUGAACUAUUUAUUUUAAAGUAUCAUUUGGUACUUUUUUUUGUAAAUUUCUUUGUUUCAUUUUAUCUGAUAACUGUGGAAUCAAAAGCACCUUUUGCUUUUCUCACUAACCACACACUCUUGCAAAGCUUUCAGGUGUUACUCAGUUACGUAGGUACAUAAAGAUUUGAUGUGUUAAAACACAUUAUUGGCAUAUCUUUAAGUUGGAUUCAAAUGGCCAUUUUUCUCCAGUUAUACUAAAUUGGAUUUCUUUUUUACAUGUAUGUUCAUUAACCCCAGUUAAACUUUUCGUUUGUUUGUUUUACUUGUUUGAUGCUGUCUUGUUUGCAUUGAGUGUAAGUCACUAUAACUAAUGGUAGAACUCCUAAAGCUUUCUCUGUUCCAGUUGCUUUUAUUGAGUAUUUUUCACAUGGCUUCUUUAUAAAACUGGGAACAUAAAGUGCCUGUAUCUUGUAAAACUUCAUUUGUCUCUCUUGGUUCAGAGAAGUUCAUCCAUGUUCAAAAGGAAGGCAACAUAUACUUGAGUGCUUGCUGUCUGAUAACAGUUUCAGCUGCAUAUAUUAUAGAAAGAAGGGGAUGGGAUGGUGUCAAGCCAUCCAGCUCAUGGGCCUAGUUUUAAGUAAAAGUUUUCUGGUUUGUUUUGUGUUUUUUUGAAGCAUACUAUUUAGUAAAAUAAAUAUAAUGAAUGUUGCGUA